AUGCCUGUAUUGCAUACUCCUCCUACAUCCCCUUCUGAUCCCAUGGAUUCUGGCAAUGAAUACCAACCCCUCACACUCAGUCUUGCAGAUAUUGCAGCCACAAUCUGGGCUGCAAUAGGAGAUUGCUAUCUGGGAGAUCCCUCCAGGAUUAUAUCUGGCUAUGAUACUGCAUGGUGGAUCAGAUGCACUGCAAUCCCUGACGAAUUAUGGCAAUGGGAUUGGGUAAUGGGUUGCUGUAUCUUUCACUACCAGCAUUGGCUAGGUGGUGUUGAGGACAAUGGUCUGAUUCUUCCUGAGCAGGUGGAUAACACCUCAAUGGGACUGAAGUGGCUUAGAGAACACCUCCAGACGUUGGUUGAGGAGCAAGAAGAGGGCAUUAGUGAAAAGAUGGCAGAGAUUGAAGUGUACACUGGCAUCCUAACCAGAUUGAAGAGAGGAAGAGGAGAGUAG